UUAAGUAAACCUCUAAUUAUAUAACUCCCUGAAUCCGCCCCCUGUUUCUUCAUAAUCCAACACACUAUAUAACUCCCUCCAUUUCUCACUCACAAAACAAAUCAAAUUCUUCAUAAAUAAUGGACUUCAAAAUCGACACUUGCAAGCCAAUAAAUGGCGACAUAGCAAACGUACCAACCAAUAAAGCUGUUACAAUCCAAAACUCCACCAUUCCAUUCAAUUCCCCUGACUCAACACUCGGCCGUCACCUUGCCCGCCGGUUAGUUCAGAUCGGAGUAACCGACGUUUUCUCCGUUCCCGGUGAUUUCAACUUGACACUUCUCGAUCAUCUCAUUGCUGAACCUGAACUUAACCUUAUAGGUUGUUGUAAUGAGCUAAAUGCAGGCUAUGCAGCUGAUGGAUAUGCUAGGGCACGGGGAAUUGGGGCUUGUGUUGUUACGUUUACCGUCGGUGGAUUAAGUAUCGUUAAUGCAAUUGCUGGUGCUUAUAGUGAAAAUUUACCUUUGAUUUGUAUGGUUGGUGGACCUAAUUCUAAUGAUUAUGGAACUAAUACAAUACUUCAUCAUACUAUUGGUUUACAUGAUUUUAGUCAAGAGCUUCGUUGUUUUCAAACUGUGACUUGCUACCAGGCUGUGUUGAAUAAUUUAGAAGAUGCUCAUGAACUGAUUGAUACUGCAAUUUCCACAUCUUUGAAAGAGAGUAAGCCGGUUUAUAUUAGUGUAGGAUGUAACUUGCCGGGGAUUCCGCAUCCUACGUUCAGUCGUGAACCAGUUCCGUUUUCCCUCUCUCCCAGAUUAAGUAAUAUGAUGGGGUUGGAAGCAGCAGUAGAAGCAGCGGCUGAGUUCUUGAACAAAUCAGUAAAGCCAGUGCUUGUUGGAGGGCAAAAUAUGCGCGUUGCAAAGGCAUGUGAUGCUUUUGUUGAGCUGGCUGACAGCUGUGGUUACGCGGUGGCAGUGAUGCCAGCCGCAAAAGGUUUGGUUCCGGAACACCAUCCACAUUUCUUAGGAACUUACUGGGGUGCAGUGAGCACGACCUUCUGUGCUGAAAUUGUUGAAUCUGCUGAUGCCUACUUGUUUGCUGGACCAAUUUUUAACGACUAUAGCUCUGUUGGUUAUUCUCUUCUUCUCAAGAAAGACAAAGUGAUCAUUGUCCAGCCUGAUCGUGUGACAAUUGGGAACGGACCUGCAUUUGGUUGUGUUCUAAUGAGGGAUUUCCUUUCCGCAUUAGCAAAGAGAGUAAAGCAUAAUCCAACUUCUUAUGAGAAUUAUCAUAGGAUUUAUGUUCCUGAUGGACUUCCUCUCAAAUGUAAGCCUAAGGAGGCAUUAAGGGUGAACGUUCUAUUUCAACACAUUCAAAAUAUGCUGACUGGUGAGAGUGCUGUGAUUGCUGAGACGGGGGACUCGUGGUUCAACUGUCAGAAGCUGAAAUUGCCACAAGGAUGCGGAUAUGAGUUCCAAAUGCAGUAUGGAUCUAUCGGUUGGUCUGUUGGUGCAACUCUUGGUUAUGCACAAGCUGCACCAGAAAAACGGGUGAUUGCCUGCAUCGGUGAUGGUAGCUUUCAGAUGACUGCUCAAGAUAUUUCAACAAUGCUAAGGUGUGGGCAGAGGACCAUUAUCUUCUUGAUAAACAAUGGUGGUUAUACAAUUGAAGUUGAGAUCCAUGAUGGACCUUACAAUGUGAUCAAGAAUUGGAACUACACAGGAUUAGUCGAUGCAAUCCAUAACGGAGAAGGAAAAUGUUGGACAACCAAGGUUUAUUGUGAAGAAGAGUUGGUGGAAGCAAUUGAAACAGCAAAUGGAGCAAAGAAAGACUGUUUGUGUUUCAUUGAAGUGAUUGUCCACAAACAUGACACUAGCAAAGAGCUACUUGAAUGGGGUUCUAGGGUCUCAGCAGCUAAUAGUCGUCCACCAAAUCCACAGUAAAAUGUUCAAAGAAUAUUGAAUUUGCUGCAAAGAAUUCUUGCAAUUUGAGAGUUGCCACUAUAUGUUGUAAUGUUUUCUUGUGAUUUUCGCAGGAAGGGUUUGUAUUCCACUAAGUAUUGCUUUUGUUAACUUGUUCAUCCAUUAA